AGUUUAUUCACACACAGAAUGUGUCGGACACGUCGAGCCCGUGCUCGUUCAUCGGUUGACUGUAGCUAAAUUAAGCUAGCCCGCCACCAAAAGUUGCUAUGUCCCAUCGCAACCAUGAUGUGGAUAAGUUUCUGUAUUCUAGCUUUGCUCCUGUCCAAAACUUCAGGCACGUCUUAUGUUAUAUCAGUUGAUGUGGGAAGACCAGAGAGAGUUCUGAAACACUUCUGGAGAAGCAGUGGUUUCUGCCCUCCCCUCCCUCAUUCCAAGGCCGAUCAGUUUGACCUCAGCGUUGACCAGAAGCUGAAUCUGGCCUAUCUGGGCUCAGUCCCUCAUGGGGGGAUCCAGCAGGUUAGGAUCCACUGGAUGUUGGAGCUUGUCACUUCACAAGAUAUUGGCGGAAAGCCCCACUAUAAUUUCACUAAACUGGAUGAGCUGAUAGAACUACUCUGGAUCAAUGGACUUCAGCCAGGUUUUGAACUGAUGGGCAGUGUUUCAAAAUAUUUCACUGACUUUGAGGACAAGUCUCAAGUUAUUGAGUGGAGAAACUUUGUUUAUCUCACAGCCAAGAGGUACAUCGAUAAAUAUGGACUGGCAAGUGUUUCUCGAUGGAACUUUGAAACAUGGAAUGAACCCAACAACCACGACUUUGAUAACGUCACCAUGUCAAUUCAGGGGUUUUUAAACUACUACGAUGCCUGUUCGGAGGGGCUGCGUGCUGCCAGCCGGCUCUUGAGGUUUGGAGGCCCGGGAGACUCUUGUCAUUCACCACCCCACUCUCCAUACUGCUGGGCCAUGCUGCAGCACUGCCACAACGGCUCCAACUUCUUCACCGGAGAGACGGGGGUCAGGAUUGAUUACAUCGCCCUGCACAAGAAGGGAGGAGGCUGCUCUUUGCCCAUCCUCCAGCAGGAGAUCCAGACGGUAGGGGAAAUCCAGGAGCGAUUUCCCAGGUUCCGCAGCCUUCCUGUUUACAAUGAUGAGGCGGAUCCUCUGGUGGGGUGGUCCAGGCCUCAGGAGUGGAGGGCUGAUGUGACCUACGCUGCGAUGGUGGUGAAGGUGAUAAGCCAGCAUCAGAAUCUGCUGCUUGCCAACCCAAAUAGCACCAUCAACUACACCCUCUUGAGCAAUGACAACGCCUUCCUCAGCUACCACCCGCACCCCUUCACCCAGCGCACGCUCACCGCCCGCUUCCAGGUCAACAACACCCAGCCCCCUCACGUCCAGCUGGUCAGGAAGCCCGUCCUCACCGUCAUGGGCCUGUUAGCUUUGCUAGGAGAGACCCAGGUUCUGGCUCGUGUCCUGAACUCGACCGGAGGGUACAACGACAACAACACCACCCUGGGAGUUCUGGCCAGCAGCCACGAGCCUGUAAUGUCCGGCGGCUCGGACAGCUGGCGGGCAGCGGUGCUGGUCUAUAACAGCGACGACAACAGCUCCUCCUGCACCAGCCACGACAACGUCACCGUGGCUGUGAACGGACUGGCUGGGCAGGAGGGUCUUCUGUAUGUCACAUACUACAUGGACAAUAAUGUAAGCAGUCCAUACCAGCUGUGGCAGAGCAUGGGCAGCCCAGACUACCCCACAGCCGAGCAGUUCAGACACCUCAGGAGUCUAGAGGACCCUCGCGUGGAUGGACCCUGGAGAGUUCCUCCAGGAGACACUCUAACCCUAAAAGUCAGGCUGUCCGUGCCCUCCGUUUUCCUCAUCCAUGUUUGUGCUCAGCCAAAAGCCGCGCCAGACCAGGUUAACGGGCUUCGCUUCAUCAGGAUCCACAAAGGCCAAGUUCUCAUUCUGUGGUCGGACCACUGUGUGGAUUCAAGAUGCAUCAAGACUUUCGAGGUAGAAUUCUCCUCAUAUGAGAAGCUGUUCAGCCGGAUAAAUAACCGGGACACAAUUUUUACUUCCUACGUCCAUUCACCAGUGGACCAGGAGGUGGGAGGUCUGUACCGGGUUCGGGCUGUGGACUACUGGGGAAGGCCAGGACCAUAUUCACUGCCGGAGAGGUAUUCCGAGGAGCAUUAA